GUCGGAAGCUACAAAAUUACGCUUUUGAAAUUUUAGCCCUUUAGUUGGCUCUGGUUUUCACCAACUUCGCUGAUUGCAGCGGCCGGCGGUUGUUUAUGGCUUGAGCUGAAAUUUUACGACUUUUUUCCAGAGGGAUUCUUGCCUCGGCCUAGUCUUCGUGGAAAAUCAGAUUUGUUUGAAGCUUUUCUCGGUGAGAUGGAUUUUAGGCAGGAUACCGGUUUUUCACAUGUGGUUUCCUGGUGUAAGAAAAUCACAGGUGCAAAACGCCGGAAAAAGAUUUAUCCGUCACUUAGACCAAAGACCGAAUAUCUGUUUGAUCUACGAGAUUCAGUGAAGGAAGAAAUGAUCAAAGAAUUAAUGGUUGGGACAAAGCGAACAAAAGAAUGUCGAGAAUGGCUGAUCAAGUUGAGAAAGUUUGAAGCUAAUGCAAAAGAAUUACUGCAGUUUCAUGAGAAGAUUUCGGAUAACUUGAGAUUUUCAAAGAAACAACCACAUGCUGAUUUGAUGAAUGUGCUUGAUGAAAUCACUCGUCUCUUGGAGAGUUCUCCGUUGCAAAGGGAAACUAGAACAAGGAGUUCUUCAAUGAUUGAGGGCAAGAGCUUUGGGCUUGCUGAAAGAACUUCAAAUGCUUACUUGAGGAGCAAAACUGAAGAUCCCGUCGACACAUAUCUAGAAGCUGCAAGAUCUCGUGCUAUGGGGAAGGAAGUUGAAAAGGGGAAAGAGAUACUGCUUAUUAAAGAUGGUAUGAAAUUGCUAUCAUCAUCAAGAAAAGCUGAGGGAGAUCAGAAGCCAAGAAAUAUGACCAAAAAAAAGGGAUCAUUUUUCUCCUUACCUCAGGUGGAGACCAAAGAUGGAUCAACUACAGCAGUUGGAUCAAUGAUUGACAUGGAAGCUCCUUUAUCUGGUAAUUCAGGUGCUUUUUGGUCAGAAUCUUCAUUGAUUACAAGCUCUUCGUUGCCAUCAGAUGGUGUAGACCUCAAGACAAAGCCUGAGGAGGUAUCAUCUUCACAGACCAACAUCUUGCCAACUGCUGAACAAGAAACCAAACUUAUUUCUUUUGAAGAAGAAGAAGCAGAAGAAGAAACGAAACCAUCUCAGCGACCUGAAAUUUCUAAGACCGCGCUUAAUGAAAUUGAAGAAAUUUCCUCCAGUCAUGAAACAGAAUCUGAGACUAGUUUACCAGCAGCAAGUCAAAUUCCUGAAUCACUAAAAACUGUCGACCAGUCAGUUGAACCUCCUAUUGAAGUGGGAGCAUUCAUCUCUCCCAAAAGAGAUGAUGUCUGGGAGAGUAUAGAUUUAGAAGCAGUUGGUAUUCCUAAUCCUAGCUCGGAAAAUGGCAGUGCGAUAAUACUGGCAACUAGGAAUUUGGAGGUUUGUGAUAACAUGCGUUUCAUAAAUAUGAUCGAAGUUGGAACUCUUUCUAAUGAAGAAGCAUGGAAGCUGUUCUGUGAACAAGUAGGUAGAGUUGUCAACAAGCCAGGUAUCCUGCCCUUUGCUCGAGUUAUCGCUGAGAGGUGUGGAGGUCUGCCUCUGCUGGUUAUUGUCACUGGAAGAGCUCUGUUUGAGGAAGAAGAUGUCUUUGCAUGGGAACAAGCAUUCAAGCAAUUUUCAGGGCCUUGUGGAGAUCUAAGAAGCCGAAAUGACAUCAUCCAAUUGUUAAAAUUCAGUUUUGACCGAUUGCAGGUUCAUGACAUACAGAGUUGCUUCCUUCAUUGUGCUUUAUUUCCCGAAGAUCAAGAGGUUAAUAUUUCUGAAUUUGUUACAUAUUGUAUCGAAGAAGGUUUGAUUGCUGGGAAUACGGCUGAUGCAUAUAAGAGGAGCCAUGAGAUAAUUACUGUUCUCAUACGUGCCUUUUUGUUAGAAACUACUUCCAAUUCUUCCAUCAUAAUGCAUGAUAUGAUAAGAGACUUGGCAUUGGCCAUCUUGUUGCAGGAAAAAGGCAGUCAAUUUCUGUUAAGAGCUUACUCAAAACCAGUGAGCCGAGAAAACCAUUCAUCACUCGUACUACAUGAAAGCCAUGAGAACAAUAGAUUGUUUAUUCCUGAUGGUUGUCAAUUCAUAUUGAGAGGCGGUUCAAGAUUGACCCAACCACCUUCAGUAGAGGAAUGGGGAAAGUCUAGUAUGAUCUUUUUGAUGGACAAUAAUUUGUCCUCUUUACCUGAGAGCCCAGGUUGCCCUGGACUUUUGACACUGUUUCUUCAAAGAAAUUUCAGGCUCAGAGUGAUACCCGUGUCCUUUUUUGACUGCAUGCCUUGUUUGAAAGUGCUAAACUUGUCAAAUACCCGAAUAAAGUCUCUGCCAAGAACAAUUUCAAAACUUGUAAGCCUGGAAACUCUCAUCCUUCGUCAUUGUGAACGCCUUUCUAUGCUUCCCUCUGAUAUUGGAUCCCUCAAACUUCUUCAAGUACUUGAUCUUAGAGGCACUGAGAUAAACUUAUUACCUGAUGAGAUCGGUGAACUAUCGUCUUUGACAUACUUUGAUAUAUGCUUCUAUGGAUCUAUCAACCGAAGGGAGCAUCUUAAAUUGCCACAAGGCUUGAUUUCUAGUGGGAUAAUAUCGAGGCUAUGUGCAUUGCAAUCACUAGGGAUUAGAGUGUGCCCGGGAGAUGAGCGGUGGGACAAAUGUGUCGAAUCCAUCAUUUACGAGGUAAGUAAAUUGACGGGGCUAACUUCUCUGUCUUUUUAUUUCCCGGAAGUAGAGCUUCUUGAACUGUUCCUUCAUAGUGCAGCCUGGAUUGAUCAAUGCUUAACUGAGUAUAAUUUUGUGGUUGGCCAUGACAUCAAGCGUAUUGUCUCUCGAGUUCCACAAUAUGUGGAGCUUGAUUAUAAUCGAACAAGCCAACGCUUGAGAUUUGUUAACGGUGAGAAGAUACCUGAUGCAAUCGUCAAAGUACUAGCAUAUUGCUCAGCUUUUUAUUUAGAUCAUCACCUGGACGUAAUCAGCAUAUCGAAGUUCGGGAUUGCCAACAUGAAUAAGUUGAAACACUGCAUAGUAAGUGAGUGUCCCACAGUUAAAGCUGUUUUGGACGAUAGGGAAUUUACCGAGGUUGUAUUUCCAUGCCUAGAGCACUUGAAUCUUCACUAUUUGUGGAAUUUGGAAUACAUCUGCGACAACCUUCUUCCUGAAGGAAGCUUCGCCAUGCUACGGAUCUUGUAUGUGCACGCAUGUCCAAAGUUGAAAUAUGUCUUGAAAAGCUCCAUGCUUCGUUUCUUCUCGAAGCUAGAGGAGUUGAUAGUCGAUGAUUGUACAGCAAUCGAGAAGAUCAUACUUGACGAUGAUAUGACCACUGAUUUGAGUCACAUGUCGGAUUCCAGUUUCAAAAGAUUAACUCUUCACUACCUUCCUGCAUUAGAAACCAUUCGAGAAGGUGUUUGGCCCUCAUUCGAAUAUAUCAGUGUAUACAACUGCCCUAAUUUCAAGAAAAUCAAUUUAGAUUCCAAGUCGAAACACACACUGAAGGGGAUUAAAGGUGAGAAGGAUUGGUGGGAUUCAUUAGAGUGGAAAGAACCUUCUCUAAGCAUACAUUUCAACGACUUGUUUACUCUAGUUUCUGAGGAUGAUAUAUGAGGAGAUAGUAUCAAUUGACGCUAUUUUCAUCGCUUGAGUCAAUGAUGUGUAAGAAUCAAGAAUUUUUACCAGCAGAAAAUAAAUCAAGGCUGAAGAGGGCACUCCUUGGGGAGCUUUGAAAUUCCUUCUCUACAAAGUUUCCGGCAGCAAAUCAGCUCCUCACACUGGCAAACAAAGAGACAGGCGGAAAUGGCUGUCCAUUGACAACCAGUGCUAUUGGUAUAGCGAAUGCAAACAAUUAGAAUAGCCUUUUCCGGAACAAUUUCCGGAAAACGGAACUACCAUUGUAGAUAAAAGUACUGCUUCCUUCCCAAUUCCCUCAUGGAUUCCCCGUAAUGUGUUAGAGGAAGCAUGGCAGCAUCACUAACAACACUUGCAUCCGUCGACAGUCGAUUUAUCGGAAUUCUGGAAAGGUAUCGGUCAAGAACUUGUAUCUUUUGUUCCCCUUACAAUCUAGACAUGUUGAAGCCCUGAAUUUAUGGUUUAAAGAUCUUGUUAUAUUAGGAACUUUCUCUGAUUAUUUUGCCUUCCAUGUAUAUAAUUUGUUGUCAUUUUGAAUUAACUUAAUACAAGGAACAUGCUUUUGUUCAA